AUUGGUCUUUGCGCAGGCGCGGUGCCAUGUAAACACAACAGUUGCGGUUGGUUGUGCGUGUUAUCAGUUGCAAGUAUCGUUGGCUAGGUUGAGUUUGAACGCUAGUAAUUUUAUUUCGAUUUAAGAGCGCAAUAGUUCCGAAAGGGAGUAAAAAUUGUACUGCGUGCUGUAGUUAGCUAACAUAUGAUAAGAGGAUUCUCGUUAGCUUGCGGUGACGUUAGCAUUAGCUUUGAACCAAUGAUAAAGCGCGUUAGGACAGGCUUGUUAACUACCUAGCUCGUCAACGCCUGAUCUUUUUUUGUCGUCAAUUAACGCCACGUCGAUUUUUUUGUGUGGUUUAUCACUCUAACUGGUGUCUUUGGCACUGUGACUGAAAUGGAAAACUGUAUCGCAUUGUUAUUGAGCGUAAUUAGCUAAUCAGGCAAAGUUAGCUAAACUAACAGGCCGUCGACAGACAGGAAACGAGCUCCGUUAACCAGCAAAUAACGUCAGCCAACCGGCUCCUCCUGUCUGCUCAGAAGAAAAUAAAAAGAAGAAUCUCAUUUAGGUUGCUCAAGUGUUAUCAUAUGUUGACUGAAAGCAGGAAACGGCAGCACAGUGGUGGUGAUGAGGAGAAUGGCCACCUGGUGCCCCAAGCCAAAAGGCAGACCAGAGCACAUCCCAUCUCCCCUGAGCCAGGGCGUGAUGCCUGGGACUCUGAGUCAUCCAACAGUGAGAGCAGCAGCAGCAUCAGCAGUCCUGAACGUGCAGCUGGGAGCUGCGUCAGUCAGUGUGCUCAGGGCCCCUGCAGUCCGCUUAGUGUGGGCAAUUCUUUUGAGCCCACGAACCCAGUGUCCUACCUGCAUAUCAACCGCAUCCUGAAGGAUGCCCACUUCCAGAGCCUUCAAAACCGAGGUCACCUGAGAGACACAUGACGACAUAACGUCCCUCUGUCUGUCGCCAGAGGAUUGAUGCCCUGAGAUGAGUAUGAGGAUCACAUGCUGAGUCACUUCACACAGCUCUUCCCCACCCAUCUCCACUGUGGUAUGUCACAGCUCUAUAGAUGUGUGGAUGGAGACCAGCAUCUGGUCAUGUGUCUGAGGAUGGUUCAUCAUUAAAAUAAAUCAUAAUGAUAAUCAUUUUAGCAAUAAUAACUGUGAUCAACAACCAUUCUUUUGAUCCACUUAUUUUCCGACCAGUCUGGUUUACGUCCUUCUCUAGGAGCCUUAUUGUGACUAGAUGAUGAUGAUGAAUCCAUGUAUUUUGUCUUAAAUGUUGUGUGAGAACAAAGCAAGCUGUCAAGGUGCCACCAUACACAAUUUUAGGCUGGUCAGUGUGACUGCUUUAGGCUUCUAGUAGGGGAAUGGGGGUUGUAAAAUGCUGAAUCAGAUGUCUGUGUAAGUACAUAGACCAGUCUCAGGGAGGAUUUGCACUUGUCUUGGACUGCUCAUUUGCUUUCAUAAUCAGACAGGGACUACUUUAUGGGGGCUGUAGAAACCAUGGGUGUUAACUUGGCAAAGGACAAGAUCUUUUCAACCUUUACUUAUUUAAAUACCUGAUUUACUGUUUUGUAAAUGCAUCUCAAUCAAACAUGUUAGAGUUGGGUCACGGAGAAGGUCACAUUUUUGAAGGAUUGAUAACACUCCACUACAGAGAAUUUCCAACAGUUUGACUGGUAAAAUAUUUUCAGUGCCAUUGCAUUCUUGUGUUCAUUUUCAUGUAGUUUAAUUUACUUCUGAUUUUGAAAUUUACCAUGUGUGGAUCACUUGAAUCACACUUCUGGUUAGUUCAUGUUAAUAAUAACAAGAUACUGAAUUUAAAAGAAAAAAAAAAUGGACCAGUGCUUUUGCUUUUACUUUUUUUUUCUUUUCUUUUCUUUUUUUUUUUUUGGUUUGUUAAAAUUCAGUACUUUGUUAUUUUAGUUUGAAAGCCAAGGCACUGCUAACCAGCUAGCCCCUCCUUUUUUCUGCUAGCUGGGAAACUUUCAGCUGCCUUCAGUGAGUCUGUUAUCCCAAGAAGGCUCUUUUCUGGCUCGGUAAGAAAUCAGCUGAAAGGUCACUUCAGCCAGAAUCUGCAGCAGACGCAGAAAUUGUACAUGUUUCAUAAUGCAAAGCUCAGCAGACGUGCAGAUCAGGACAAGAACCAACAUCUUUAACUGAAGUCCAAUUCAAUGGCGUUUAAGUCUAGUUGUGGAACGUGAUAAGUACUGGAGAGGCAGGGAAAUGACAUGAAAACCACGAGAAUAGCCUCCUGGCCAACAUGGGAGCUAGGGUAAGGUAGUUAAUUCCAAUUAGACCUAAAAUAAUAUACUUCUGUAUUGCAAGUUUUGUGAAAGUUAUCUGAUAAGAUUGGUCGAUCACUCAGCCCUUAAUGCAGACUGAAUCAUCUAUAAUAAGGUGCAUGUAAUUAUAAUGUUACUGUUUUAAAUAACAACUGGAUGAAGCCAUUUCCAAAUGAAUAUAAUAACGAUCAAAAGGGACAGUGGGAAUGCUCUUAUUUGUCUGUAUUUUUUUUUCUUAUAAUAAUGACAAUAGAGGCUGGUUGGUAUAAAAUUGAGUGGACAAAGCUGACUAACAAAAACACAAGAGUACUUUGAUUAUUGUGAGUUGAGCUGAGACGAAGUAAAGAUAAUUUUAGUGUUUUGUGACCAUGGAAAAGUGAUCCAGUAUGUUACCUUUUUAUCUCGUGACCACAAAGAGAAAUCCAAACAGUAAUAACACCCAUUAGCUCUACAGCCUUCCAGAUGUCUUAUUUUCUCAGUUGUUGUUUUUUUUUUUUUUUUUUCUU